CUAAUCCAAGACUGCCAAGGAGACCUGGGAUAGCCUGGAAAGAAGAUUCGAAAGAUGCAACGAAGCAAAGAUGUAUCAACUGCAAAAAGAGGUAUCAAGCUUUGUAUAAGGAUCACUGUGACUCAUACAGGAAGUGUCUCUAUUCUUCCAAAUUUGACUCUGAAAAAUGUCAUGUAUGUCCCUGCCUUCUAUUCUUCCAAAUUUGACUCUGAAAAAUGUCAUGUUCCUUUAACGAGGAGCAUUAAAGCUUUUGGUGAAGUAAAUGAGGGAUUGUACCUGUUGAAGUCUUCUACUAUUAGCUAUCAGUUUGUUUCUAAUACUAAUGUAGUUUCGAUUCUACAAGGAAGUAGUUCCAUUCCUAGUUCUUUCCUUUUUCUGCAAAUGUAAUCCCUCUGUUGAUUUUUGGCAUGUAAGGUUAGGGCAUCUGUCCUUUUCUGCAAUGAGAAAAUUCAGUUUCAUUGAUUUCCCUUCUAAAUCUGAACAUGUUUGUGAUAUUUGUCCUAAAGCUAGGCAAACUAGACUCACUUUUCCAAUAAGUGUUAUUCAUUAUACAAAGCCUUUUGAAUUGAUUCACAUUGAUACUUGGGGACCGUACAAACCACCUACUUAUAAUGGUUUUAGAUACUUUCUUACCAUAGUUGAUGAUUAUAGUAGAGGUACUUGGACUUUCUUGUUAAUCUCUAAUAGCAAUGUUUUCCCUACUCAUAAGGAGUUUCUAGCUAUGAUAGAGAGACAAUUCCAUGCCCAAGUCAAGUGCAUUAGAUCUGACAAUGCACUGCAAUUGGGAACAAGUAUUCAGAAGACCGCUUUUCUUAAAUCUCAAGGAAUUUUGCAUCAAACUUCAUGUGUUGGAACUCCACAACAAAAGGUGUUGUGAAAAGGAAGCAUAGACAUCUAUUGGAAUUAGGAAGAGGACUGAUGUUUCAAUCUCACUUACCUAUUGAUUAUUGGUGAGAUUGCAUAUUAACAUCUACAUAUUUGAUUAAUAGGUUGUCAUCCAAGGUACUACAUGGAAGAACACCAUAUGAAAUUCUUUUUGAUAAGCAACCUAUCUAUCAAUUUUCGAGGAGCUUUGGAUGUCUAUGUUAUGCUUCAACUCAAUCUCAAUAGAGAGGAAAGUUUGAACCAAGGGCAACAACUUGUGUCUUCCUAGGUUAUCCACAAGGUAAAAAGGGUUACAAGUUGUUAGAGCUCAACACUAAGAAAGUUUUUGUUUCAAGGGAUGUUCACUUUCAUGAGCAGCAAUUUCCUUUUGCCUUUGAUAAAUCUUAUCACUCUCUUCCUCCCAUUUUUCCAUCUCAUAAUUCUACUAUGGAUAUCCCAGAAUCUGUCUCUUAUCCUACAUCCUCUCCACAAGCUCAUGCACAUCCUGAUAUUACAUCCCCAGAUACUGAGACAUCCUCUCCUAUCAUUCCCAAUGUCAGCAGUCCAACCCUUUCUUCCCUCUCUUCUUCAUCUUCUCCCCACAUCAAUCAAGGGAGAACUCAAAGAAUGCGACAUAAACCUAGUUAUCUAGAAGAUUAUUGUUGAAAUAACAUCCAACUGACUGAUGUUACCAAUGCAUGUUUUGUCCACCCUAACCAGCCCACUACUUUCUCUUUAACUCUUUAUCUCUUUCGAAUCAGCAUAUGUUUCAUUCUAUUUCCGAUGUAGUUGAGCCAAAGAAAUAUGCACAUGCUUCUAAACAUACUGGCUGGAAAGCAACAAUGGAUGCUGAAUUAAAGGCUCUUGCAUUGAAUCACACUUGGGACAUCCUAAAAUUACCACCAGGAAAGACAACUUUGCCUUGUAAAUGGGUUUACAAGGUAAAACACUGGUCAGAUUGGUCUGUUGAGAGAUUGAUAGCUCGAUUGGUAGAGAGGGUGGGUGUUCAACAUGAAGGUGUUGAUUUUCAGAAACAUUCUCUCCGGUAAUUAAAAUGACAGCUAUCAGGUGUCUACUCACGGUGGCUAUCAAGAAAGCAUGGCAGGUGCAUCAAUUGGAUGUUAGCAAUGCGUUUCUUCAUGGUGAAUUAUAGGAAGAAGUAUACAUGAAGUGUCAUGCAGGUCUACCCUCCAUCAUGCCCAACGACGUUUGUCUUCUCAGAAAGUCUUUAUAUGGGUUGCGACAGGCAUCUAGACAAUGGUAUUCUAAGUUAGCUGGAGCUCUUGCUUUCAAAGGGUAUACUAGUUCUAUGAACGACUACCCACUAUUCUUUGAGACAUCUGGUUCUCUCACUCUAUCAUCGUUGUAUAUAUUGAUGACAUCCUAAUUACAGGAGAGGAUAUCUCAGAAAUUAAUCACAUCAUGCAGUUUCUUCAUACAGAAUUCAGAGUCAAGCAUCUCGAAGACAUUCACUAUUUUUUAGGAUUGGAAA